GAGAUUAUGAAACGCCACACAGAGUGUUUUGCUGCAUCCAAGAAAGGAGAGAAGGAAAUGUCUUCAGGUUACUAACAGCUCUUUUUGAAAAGCAACAAAAGCAGGGAAAAAGUCAUGGAGAAAUACCAACGUAAGCAGAUUAAAGAAGAAAAUAAAAACAGAAACAGAAAGAUGCAUCUUGAAAGAACUAUAGGAUAUUUUGAAGGCGUUAGCUUCAUAGUAGGUACAAUUGUAGGCGCAGGGAUCUUUGUCUCACCUACUGGAGUACUGAAACAUUCCUUGCUUAAUGUUGGAAUUGCAUUGCUCAUCUGGACUGCUUGUGGCAUCAUAUCUUUGAUGGGUGCUCUCUGUUAUGCAGAGCUUGGCACAGCAUUACCAUUUUCUGGAGGAGAAUAUAGCCACAUAAAGAGAGCCCUUGGGUCUCCACUGGCUUUCAUUUUUCUGUGGGCAUCAGUGUUCAACAAACCAGCCUCAAAUGCUGCUCGGGCCUUGCUCUUUGCUGAGUAUGCUACGCAGCCAUUCUAUGGCGCAUGCCUGGCCCCAGAAGUGCUAAAGAAAUGUCUGGCUUUGGCUGUUCUCUGGUUUCUUGGGAUCCUCAAUGGUCGAAGUGUCAAGAUGGCUGCUUGGCUACAGACUGUCUUCACCGUCCUGAAAAUGAUGGCUUUGUCUGUCAUUGCUAUUGGUGGAAUUGUCCUGUUGAUCAGAGGAAGGAAAGAGAAUAUAGCAAGAUUUGAGAAUAUUUUCAACUCAGAGGUCCCUGAUGCUGCACAGAUAGCAGAAGCAUUUUUCCAAGGGCUCUAUGCCUAUGGUGGCUGGUGGUCUCUCAAUUACUUGGCAGGGGAGGUUAAAAACCCCAGCAGAAACAUUCCUUGGACUGUGAUGACGGCACUUCCUUUAGUAACGUUGUUUUACUUGCUGGUAAACAUUUCAUAUCUGACAGUUCUUACACCAAAGGAGGUUGUUUCCUCAGUUGCCGUAGCAGUCACUUGGGCUGACAGAGUGAUUCCUUCAGUUGCCUGGGCAAUUCCUGCAUCUGUGGCUAUCUCAAUAUUUGGGGCCCUUAACAGCAGCAUCUUUACACUUGGACGACUAAGUUAUGCUGGGAGCCAGUCGGGACACUUGCCCAUCAUAAUAUCCAUGCUUAACGUCCAGUACUGCACUCCUGCUCCAGCCAUGAUUUUCUCCACCGUGAUUGCAUCCAUUUUUAUUAUUCCCUCUGAUCUAAUUGCUUUAACAAAUUAUUUUGGAUUCUCCGUUUGGCUCAUGAUUGGACUGACAUGCACUAGUCUGAUCAUCCUCCGCUACCGAGAGCCUAAUCUACACCGACCAUACAAGGUUUUUUUACCGGUGGCCUUUGGAAUGGUGGCAAUUUCAUUGUUCUUAGUUUUAGCUCCAGUAGUCUGGUCUCCAAAGAUGCAGUACAUCUACACUUUGCUUUUCAUGCUUGGGGGUCUUCUCUUAUAUCUGCCUUUUGUGCAUUUUAAAGUGCAUUUUGAGGUUUUUGACAAAAUUACUUGCCAGCUGCAGCUGUUGCUGGAGGUGUCGCCGGCAGAUGACAAAUUGGAGUAA